CCCCCCUUCCACAUCCGGCUUCUUGAAGACUUCCGCCUUCCCAAGAUGGCGGCCGCUCGUCUGUGGAAGACCGGCCGGGCGCGGAGUCACCCAUGAGGCGCCUUCCACGCCGGCCUCCCUCUUUUUUCGCAGGUCGCCCGAGCGCGGGAGGAUGCUGCCGGCUCUGGCCGCUCAGCGGAGGGGAUGGCGCUGCUUUUACCAGCUGCGUCUGCUGCGGCGGCGGGGCCGGUGCCCGCCGGUCUGCCCCGGGUGGCAAGUACCGAUUAAAGCUGGGAGACUCUCAGCCAUCCUGCCAGGGGGCUGUCUGCCUCAUCCUUCAAGUCAAGUAAGAGCUUAUUCCUCCAACGAUCAGAAAAACAGCACAAGAACGCCAGACGCAAGUUCUCCAGAAGGCAGUGCGCAGAAGACAGCCGCUGCCCGGGACGCUCUCAAUCAAAUUCCUUUCCCACAGCCACCAAUUCAAGUAAAAGUGAAAGCUGUGCUUAAAAAAAGAGAAUAUGGACCAAAUUACACAAAGAAUAACUUCAUCACUGGCGUGAGAGCAAUAAGUGAAUUUUGCCUUAAGUCCAGUGAUCUUGACCAGCUUCGAAAAAUCAAGCGGCGAAGCCCUCACGAUGACACCGAAGCUUUCACUGUGUUUUUGAGAUCAGAAGUGGAAGCUAAGUCUAUAGAAGUCUGGGGCAGCCCGGAAGCCCUUGCGCGGGAGAGGAAACGGCGCAAAGAAGCUGAAAGGGAAUACAUGGAAAAAUUAUUUAGAAGCCAGAAAUUGUUGAGAGAAUACAGGAAUUUCCAAGGAGAAACUAAGCCGCGCUCCCGUGCCACAGCUGUUUUUCUGAGCGGACCAGGAAAAGUGGUGAUGGUUGCUAUUUGCAUAAACGGCUUGAAUUUUUUCUUCAAGCUGCUCGCGUGGGUUUACACGGGCUCUGCAAGCAUGUUCUCCGAAGCCAUACAUUCCUUAGCAGACACUUGCAACCAGGCCCUGCUCGCGUUGGGGAUCAGUCAGUCUGUGAGGAUACCCGAUCAAAGCCAUCCGUAUGGCUUCACAAACAUGCGCUACAUCGCAUCUCUGAUCAGUGGCGUUGGCAUCUUCAUGAUGGGGGCUGGCCUCUCGUGGUAUCAUGGGGUUAUCGGGCUACUCAACCCUCAGCCGAUAGAAUCCCUUCUCUGGGCUUACUGUAUUUUAGCAGGAUCUUUGGUGUCAGAAGGAGCUACUCUUCUGGUAGCUAUCAACGAAAUCCGAAGGAGCGCCCGAGCAAAAGGACUCUCCUUCCAACACUACGUUAUCCAGGCUUGUGAUCCCAGCACAAACGUUGUGUUGUUAGAAGACACAGCUGCAGUUCUGGGUGUGACGCUGGCUGCUACCUGCAUGGGGCUGACUUCCCUAACAGGUAACCCCUACUACGACAGCUUGGGCUCUCUGGGCGUGGGGACUUUGUUGGGCGUUGUGUCGGCGUUCCUCAUCUACACGAACACAGAGGCCCUCUUGGGCAGAUCCAUCCAGCCCGACCGGCUUCAGAAACUGACCGAACUCCUGGAGUGUGAUCCAGCCGUGCGAGCAAUCCAUGAUGUCAAAGCUACAGAUAUGGGGAUGAAUAAAGUCAGAUUCAAAGCAGAAGUGGACUUUGAUGGACGGGUAGUCACUCGGUCCUACCUGGAAAAACAGGACAUCGAGCAACUACUACAAGAGAUCCAGCAGGUGAAAACUCUGGAAGAUUUAGAGGCUUUUAUGCUUAAACAUGGAGAAAACAUCAUUGACACUUUAGGAGCAGAAGUGGAUCGACUUGAAAAAGAUCUGAAGAAACUGAAUCCUGAAGUACGGCAUGUGGACCUGGAAAUACUGUAAUCUUCGCGGAAUCAGGUCUCCCCCCCCUCUCUCUUGGAUCGGCUUCUUUGAGGACGGGCACCCUCUGGAACUCCGGCAAUCUCAAAACAUCACACCUUUUUAAGUCCCCUGGUUCUCCUGCCGAUCGGUUUUCUAUCCAGAUCAGCGACAGCUUUUCCUUGAACUGGCUACGUAGAGAGCCUGCUUGCUGCCUCUUUUCGCACGGAUCCGUAGAACAUUUGCAACUAGACACUUUAAAUAAAUUAUUUACCAUGUCCGUUUUGGGGGGGGCAAAUGCAUCCUAUAUGUUUUACUGCCCUGUUUCAAGUAUUUUUUAAAUUUGGUUUUGCAAAAUCAUCCCCCCCAUUUGAUGACUGCAUUUCUCUUAGAGUCCAAUUGAGGAAUUCUAGUUCUGUAAUCUUUUAUCUUUCUCUUUUUUUUUUCCCCCAUUGUCUGAAUUUGGUGUCCAUUCUAGCCUCCUUCAGAUGGUUUGAGAUGAUCACGUCCAACCUCUGUCUCGGUGUUACGAUCUUAUAGCUGCUCCUAGCAAACUGUAGCUUCGACCCAGAUAAUCUGGACAGAUUUUUGGGAGAUUCCCCUUAACCAUGUGCAGAAAAGCUGCAGAUAUUGGAAUUGUGCCGGACCGGCACUUGAGAUAAUUUAAUGGGUGGGCUAAAGUUUUUAAUCUGCGUGAUCAUCUUCCAGCUGUUGACUUUGCGAGAUCAAAAGGCGAAAUAGGAAAAACCAUGAGUUACACUGCUUGGCUGGGUCUAAAUCUCCGUUGUAUUUCCCUUUGUGUCCCGUCGGAUAUUAUUUGUGGGGGAGAAGCCAGAAGGAACAUCGGAAAGAACUUUCGAGAUGUUCAAACUUGUCCUUCUCCCAAUCUUGGUGCCCUCCAAGCCUGGUGAAUUUCAAAGAGUUCCCAGACAGUGUGGGAAUUGUAAGGUAGCGCAUCUGGAAAGUCGAAGGAGGUUAGUUUUGUUGGAAAAACAUGUCACAAGUGCUAGUUCAGGAUGACUUUGGACCGGCUCUCCUAAACAUUGAGUAGCAUCUUGAAAGUAAUGCCCGAUAACUUAAAAUACAUUUGAUGUGUUGUUGAUGAUUUUUAAUUAAAACCGUACUAAGGUGGCAUCAAACGGCAUCUGAAGGAUCUCCUGUCCAACGUUGAAUGUGUUUAGAAUUGGUGGAGUUUGCAAAUGACAGAUGGAGCCUUUGAAAUUUCUGGGGAAUAUCAGGAUGCUGUGCUGAACGCAGGAGCUGUUUGGGCUUCUGAAGAAAAAGAGAAUGCCAGGCCAUUAAAUGUAGUAUGCUGAGCAGCUUGGAAGGCACUGAGAAUCCAACUGCCAAUGCUUGAACUGGGCAGACCCAGAGUUAAUUGGCUUUAAAGAGCUUUUCCCCCUCUAUAAAUAGAAAUCAGAAAAGGCGUUCCCUGGAGCUCAGCGGAUAACGAUGCUGGUUUAUACGCGCAUCCACGUUACUUGCGCAAUACUCGAUUCAGUGUAUGAUCCAGCCCCCUUAUCAUGGCGAGGUGGCUGAUGGGUGUGCCACGUUGGAGCUCUGAAACUUACUCGUACAAGGCAAGCGCAACCGGAGGGCUGUGGUGCACAAACUGGGGCGGUCCCGUGUCAUCAACGCACCGACGGCAAGUUUGCAAAAGGAGCUGAAAUCUGUGCACUUUUAUCAACCUCUUCCGAAAGAAGUCUUUAGUCUCUGAAGCAAAGACUUAUAUUUUUUUUCCCCCUUUUAAAUUUUUUUGGAGGGGGGAUGCAAAGUGCAUUUGGCCGGGUGAACGUGAAUUUUGAACCCUGUUUAAAAAAAAAACCAAACAAACUGUGACACAAAUUAUGUGUGGAGACCAAAAUGCGUCAGAUUGGUUUAGGAGGGGAACGAGAAAGCAAUCCGUUCCCGCGUUAGUAGCAUUUUGACCUUUCUGGGCACGAUUGGAUGUAAAUGAUGCUAUGUAUUUUGUUUUUGUUUUUUUAAUUUUCAGGAAAACAGCUGUACAUAAUGUAAUUAGUGCCUGCUGAUAAACCAUGUUCUGUACAUUUAGAACGAAA